AUGGCUUCCGGGAACCAUCAUCGCGGCAGGGGUGACCGAGACUGCAGGGAGGUGCAGCUCGGCAAUACUGCAGGGCCGGAGGUCCCCCGACUCGGUGGAGAGGGCCUGUUUCUAAGCAUCCAUCUUUCCUCUCCUUCUUCUUUAUCAGGUACAAAUGGUGAGCAGUCCCAUACCCCGUCUCCACCCAACUCUCCUGGACGCCACAGCGAGAGCUGUAGCAUUGCGCCUCUCACCCCAUCUCAGUCACCGAGGAAUGAAAUCCGGAGGAGACAGCCCACUCCCUUCGGCGUGGUGGUGGCCAUCGACUUUGGCACCACUUCCAGCGGCUAUGCCUUCAGCUUUGUUAGCGACCCAGAGACCCUGCACAUGAUGAGGAAAUGGGAAGGAGGAGAUCCUGGAGUGGCCCAUCAGAAGACGCCAACCAGCCUUCUCUUGACGCCAGAAGGCACCUUCCACAGUUUUGGCUACACUGCUCGGGAUUAUUACCACGACCUCGACCCGGAGGAGGCCCGGGACUGGCUGUACUUCGAAAAGUUCAAAAUGAAGAUCCACAGUUCCAGCGAUUUGAGCAUGAAGACUGAACUGGCGGCGGUGAAUGGGAAGAAGCUACCGGCCUUGGAGGUCUUUGCUCACGCCCUUCGUUUCUUCAAGCGACAGGCUGUGCAGGAACUGAAGGACCAGUGCCCUGCGUCACCUGUGGCAGAUGCCAUCCGGUGGGUGAUCACGGUGCCCGCCAUUUGGAAACAGCCAGCUAAACAGUUCAUGAGAGAAGCUGCCUAUCUGGCUGGGCUGGUGUCUUCGGAGAACCCUGAGCAGCUGCUGAUCGCUCUGGAGCCAGAGGCAGCCUCUAUCUACUGCCGGAAACUUCGCCUCAACCAGCUGAUCGAUCUCAGCUACAGGCCCCAGGCAAACGGCCUGGCCUCGGACCUUCCGAUUGACUCCAGCUUCAGGCAGGCCCGAGAACAGCUCCGCCGGUCCAGACACAGCCGGACUUUCUUGAUCGAGUCUGGGGUGGGCGAGCUCUGGUCGGAAAUGCAGACAGGGGACCGCUACAUCGUGGCCGACUGCGGAGGGGGGACAGUUGAUCUGACGGUCCACCAGAUCGAGCAACCCCAGGGCACCCUGAAGGAGCUCUACAAGGCGUCAGGUGGUCCCUACGGGGCUGUUGGGGUGGACCUGGCCUUUGAGAACCUGCUCUGCCAGAUAUUUGGCGAAGACUUCAUCGCCACAUUCAAAGCCAGGCGUCCAGCAGCCUGGGUUGACCUGACCAUCGCUUUCGAGGCCCGCAAGCGGACAGCUGCGCCCCACCGGGCCAACCCUCUCAACAUCUCCCUCCCCUUCUCCUUCAUCGACUUCUACCGCAAGCACCGGGGGCAGAACGUGGAGACUGCCCUCAAGCGCAGCAGCGUGAACUUGGUGAAGUGGUCUUCUCAAGGGAUGCUGCGCAUGUCUCCCGAGGCCAUGAACGAGCUAUUCCAGCCCACGGUCAGCCAGAUCAUUAACCACAUUGAUGACCUCAUGAAGAAACCUGAAGUGAAGGGCAUCAAGUUCCUCUUCCUGGUGGGCGGAUUUGCUGAGUCGGCCAUUUUGCAGCACGCUGUCCAGUCUGCCUUCAGUAGCUCCUGCCGGGUCAUCAUCCCUCAAGACGUGGGGCUGACCAUCCUGAAAGGGGCGGUGCUGUUUGGCCUUGACCCCACCAUUGUCCGGGUGAGGCGAUCCCCCCUGACUUACGGCGUGGGGGUCCUGAACAAGUUUGUGGAGGGGAAACACCCCAAGGAGAAGCUCCUGGUCAAGGAAGGGAAGAACUGGUGCACUGACAUCUUUGAGAAGUUUGUGUCUGUGGAUCAAUCGGUGGCCCUGGGCGAAGUGGUGCAAAGGAGCUACUGCCCGGCCCGGGUGGGGCAACGCAAGAUCAUCAUCAACAUCUACUGCUGUGCCACAGAUGAUGUGGUCUAUAUCACUGAUCCAGGGGUGAGGAAGUGUGGCACCGUCAGCCUAGAUCUAGAGGAACUUGAGGAGCCCGGCUCACCAAGGAAAAGCCGGCGGGAGAUAAGAGCAAGCAUGCAGUUUGGUGAUACAGAGAUCAAGGUGGCGGCCAUGGACGUCUGGACCUCCAAGACCGUGCGGGCAUCCAUUGAUUUCCUCUCCAACUGAUGCCCCGGAAGCGAGAGGACUUUGGAUUGGCAGAUGACUAGAGGCUAUGCACAGUUCCUCUUCGCUGUGAACCAGGAUCCCUUGGUGCACGCCAGGGAUGAAUCAUCUUUAUGGAAUCAGCCCAACCCUGGGCCAGUUUUUUUGAGGGGUGUGGAUUUAUGUCACGAACCUGCCAAAAGAUAGCAAACUGGAACUUACAAUGGCCAACUUAUUCGGUUACGCCCUGAUCAGUAACCAGUGGGACUGAGCCGGGGUCAAAAACGGGUUUCUGGGGAUUCUAGAAAACAGCAGGCUGACUGUUGUUGCCUUUGAAAGCUCAUCUUUGAAGCUCC